AUGACGUCGUACUUGAUCUUCUUGGCUUGCAUCAUCAGAUCUUCGAUGGCCGCUUCCGAUGCAAGCGUACAUGUAGCGCAAGUUUGUGGGACCGAUUUUUACACGCGCGAGCUUCAAACAUGCACUUUUCCUGUUGUUAACAAAGAGCACAUGAAUAAGGAAACGCAAGGAAAGAAAAAAGAGAAAAGGCACCGACGUUCUCCUGGUUUGAGUCCUGCAAAGUCUGAUCCACGAGAUAUUAAAUGCAGCACUCAAGGUGCUAAUAACGUUGUUGGCGAUGAAGAGGAGUUGGAUACCAUUACUGAGUUGGCUGCAUCACCAUUUGUCGUGAAUAUGCUCACUAUUACGAGAUCUCUUUCUGGACAUUAUGAGUUAUUUGGAAACAGAUACUACACGCUCUACGAUCUUGUUUAUCAUCUCUCUCAAACAAAAUCCGAACUGCCACAUAAACUGGUUUACGGAACGCUUUCUACGCCGCCAAAGCAUCCGUUUUCUUGUGUUCCUCCGCCAUUCGAACAACCAUUUCGUGAUCCACGGGCAAGCUUGAUGCAUUGCGAACAGUGGGCAGCUCGAAAUUUCGACCAGGCUGUUCUCCCUGAUCUGAUGAAACUUCCAUUUUACCACGCCUCACGGACUGUUGUUGAUCCAAACAAACAAUCUCACGCGAAGAUGCUCAGAACACUGGGAUUAGGAACGUUUGAUAAAGGGAAGAGAAGAAUGUUUCUGGGUAACUCUGUGAUACAAAGAGAGCUUAUGGAUUUCAUUGGACAAUACGACAAACCAGCGACAGACAAAAAGGACAAAAGCAAAGAAAGAGGGAGUAAGGAGGACCGAAAACGGGCGAGAAAAAAGGGAUAUCAGCAAGUACUUCACCCUGCUGGAGAUUGUCCAAAAGACGAGUUCUGCAUUUUGGCCGACCACUCUGUUGAAAUAGAUCAGAAUAAUUUGACCGUUGAUCGUAUGCAUCCUCUGGGAAAGGGAGCAUUUGGAGCAGUAUAUGCCGGACAGUUCAAGACUGAAAAAGGCAACAAGGUUCCUGUAGCUAUAAAAAGUCUCCGCCUUGUCUGUACGGACAAAGAUCAACGACUUCCAUGGGUUACCGAAGUGGAAAUGAUCCAACAGCUCAACCAUCCUAACAUCGUUCGGUUCUAUGGAUUUUGCAUGGAAGCAGCAGAAAGCAACAUUCUACUCAUUUUUGAAAUGAUGGAAAAGGGUGCACUGGAUUCAUUCUGCAGAAAGUUAAACUACCAAAUCAGCAUCAAUGAGACGGUGGAUUGGUUGUGUCAAAUAGCUCGUGGUAUGGCACACCUGCAUGCGCAAGAACCUGCCAUAGUUCAUGGAGAUUUAGCGGCUCGUAAUGUUCUCGUUUCCACUCAUCCAGUUGAUCCUGCACGAUAUGUCAUGAAAAUUACUGACUUCGGUAUAUCGAAAAGAACUCGCACAGAAACAUUUGCCACAUAUGACGAUCCGAACAAAAUUCCGUUUAAAUGGCUACCACCAGAGGUACUGAAAAGUCGGGAAAUGACACCGAAAGCAGACGUUUGGUCGUAUGGAGUGCUAAUGCAUGAACUAUAUGGAAUUGGUGAACCGUAUGGAAUGAUGGGUGCAGAAAAAGUUGUUCACGCGUUAAAUGAUGGACAUCGGUUUGAGAAGCAACCGAAGAUGCCGCAUUUCAUUUACGACAUUUGUUUACAAUGCUGGAGAAGACUACCAAUAGAUCGGCCGCAUUUUAGGGGAGACGGUAGGCUGGCCAGCAAAGUUAUAGAAUCUAGGCUCAUCUGA